AUGCUGGUUACCCCUCCCCCUCAGGGGGCCUCUGCAUACACCGGGACUCAAAUGCCUCAGAACUCUAGCCCAGACCUACGGAUAAAACCCAUGACCAUACAGAGAGCAACAGUGGGCGGGAAAAGCUUGUUUGGGUGGGAAGCCAUGGAUACGAGACUCACCCACUCCUGCAACAACUGGGUAGGCAACUGGGUCCAUGGCCAUGGACACUUCGUCAGAGGUGUACGGGCGGGCCGUAAGCAGACUACCUGGACUCUCAUAUACCUCCACGUGAGGCUGUUGAAGGUACCCCUAAUUGGCACCUUUCGGAGUAAGGGAAUAAAUAAGUGA